GCAUCGACCACACCAACAACGACGAUGAAGGCCGCCGCUCGCCUCGCACCAAGACUGAGCAGUGCUCUCCGCCCCGUUGCCCGCGCUCCCGUCGCCGGGCCGAGCAGCCUGCGCCUUUCGUCGACCUCGGCGUCCGCCCCCUCCCCGGCGCCCAUCGCCGCGGACAGCGCGCACACGCACGCUACCCCCGCCCCUGCGGCCGACGCGAGUCUGCCGCAGAACCUCGCGUUCGAGGACCUGACGUCUGCGCGGGCACAGGUGCGCCUGUCGCUCCUCUCUCGCGGCGAGGUGCUGCACGCGCUCCCGUCAGAUCCGUACGAGCCCAUCGCGCACCCGCUGUCCUCGCUCGCCAGCGCGACGCCUACCUCGGGCACAGCGCGCGGCGUCUCUCUCCCGGCCGAGGUGUUCGGCCAGCCGCUGCGCAAGGACAUCCUGCACCGCAACGUCGUGUGGUACCUCUCCACUUUGCGCCAGGGCACACAGCACACGCGUACCCGCGCGACCGUCGCCUACAGCGGCAAGAAGAUCUCGCCGCAGAAGGGCACGGGCCGCGCGCGUGUCGGCGACCGCUCGAGCGGUACCCGCCGCGGCGGUGCCCCCAUCUUCCCGCUCCACAACCGCGACCACGCGCAGGACCUGCCCCGCAAGGUCCGCGAGCUGGGUCUUAGGACGGCGCUGAGCUCCAAGCUCGCUGGUGGUCUGCUGCGUGUGGUUGAGAACUUGAACGAGGGCCAGUGGCCGGGCACCAAUGUCGCCCGCCGCGCCCUGUCGGACGACAAGGAGACGCUCCGCUUCGGCCCGCCCAAGGACAUCUCGGUGCUGUUCGUCCACUCGCCCUUCAAGCCCACCGACGAGGUCAACGAGUUCUGGCGCGUCGUGCGUAACAUCCCCGGCAUCGAGCUGCUCCCCACCGACGAGGUCGUCGCGUACGACAUCCUCAAGUACCGCUGGGUCGUGCUCGAGGCCGGCGCCGUCGAUGCGCUCUCCGGCGACAGCCUCGAGUUUGAGUUUGAGGCGCCCGAGGUCGAGGAGCUCGAGUUUGCCGACGUCGCUCAGCCCGCCGCCGCCGAGGCUGCCAAGGCGUAAGCCUAGGCUGUUAGUUUGUUUUGGUUCAUUGCAUGCAGCACACAUCAUCGUA